AUGUCCCCAGCCACAGCUAAACCGUCGCAACCCACCUCAGAAACUUUGCAAUUAAUCUUUUGUCGAUCUUCAUCCAUUCAGUUUCACUGCGUAAUUUCACGUUCUUUGAUCUGCAUUUGGGAUCCAAAUAAUAAGAUGAUCACAGGAUGCCAAUAUCAGACUAGAGGCCUUCUCUUGCACAAAUGGCAAUACCCUGGUUUGAGGACGACAACAUCACAUACAUUACACGCAAGGUUUUUGAAAAAGAAACCAAUAAGUUGUUCAAUACAUCAACCGAUUGAAAUCUCCCCUGUUAACAAGAAGAGGGAUGAAAAUAAGAGACCAUUGGUUAAAAUGUGUGGAAUCACAUCAGCUAAAGAUGCAGCUCUAGCAGCAGAAGCUGGAGCUGACUUUAUUGGAAUGAUCCUUUGGCCUAAUUCAAAACGUUCAGUUUCAAUUUCAACUGCAAAAGAAAUCUCAAAAGUUGCACGCGAAUAUGGGGCAAAGCCUGUUGGAGUAUUUGUUGAUGAUGACUCCAACUCUAUUUUGAAAGCUUCUGAUGAUGCAGAUCUUGAAUUUGUGCAGCUUCAUGGAGAUGGAUCACGGGAUGCAUUUUCUCUUCUAUCAAAGGAAAAACAAAUCGUUUAUGUUCUUCAUGCGAAUGAAGAUGGUAAACUUCUCAAUCAUAUUUCAGAUGGAGAUUGUUGUUUGGUAGAUUGGAUUCUGGUGGAUAGUGCAAAAGGAGGAAGUGGUAAAGGGUUUGACUGGUCAAAGUUCAAGCUACCACCAAUAAUGAGCAAAAACGGUUGGCUAUUGGCUGGAGGGAUCAAACCAGAAAAUGUAAUUUCAGCUCUUUCAAUCUUAAAACCAGAUGGAGUUGAUGUGAGUAGUGGUAUAUGUGCUUCAGAUGGCAUUCAGAAAGAUAAAUCACGCAUAUCAUCUUUCAUGACAUCUGUAAAUUCUGUUCAAUAUUAAUUAUAAUCCAUCAAGAAAAAAAAAAAAACAUGAAAAUGUGCUCGGUGUCUGUAACUCUUUUUUGAUUUCAUGUCAAAUCAAUGGAAAGCAACAAUGAAACCUUUCUAGUAAUUGAUAUUGUUGUAUUUUAUUAAUUUAAGUUGGGUAUAAAAAAUGACCCCACGCC